AUGGCGGAGCAGGGAGCACAAGAGUCCGCUAAAAUGACCCUGACAGCGGCACAGAAACAACUUUUAACCCGUCGAAAGGAGCUGGAUUACUGGCAGAAAAAUGCACGACAGAUGCGGGGCCGAAACCUUCUGACGGGUCUCACGAUCGGAGCGUUUGUCCUUUCCAUGUUCAGCUACACCAUUUAUUCCGUCAAACAGGAGAAGAUCAUGGAUGAAAUCGACGAUGAAGCGCGGAUCCAUAUCAUGCGAGGCCCUCGCACUGGGGCAAACUCCUAA